AUGGCUACCUCCAUCAUUAAGAAUAAUCGCGAUGUUAAAGAAGUUGAUAACAAGCCCAUUCGGCAUCAGUAACACUGUGGACGAUCUGUAUGCACUGGUAGCCGGUUCUUUUUAACGUAAAAUGGACGACUCCAGUGGAGAAGAUGAUUACAUGUCAGAUGCAAUUCUAAAACAGUGUCAGGAUGUCAGGCCAGGAUUGCUCUCCUCAAAGUCAUCAAGGGAGAAGCAGAGAGAACAUAUACACCAAGAGAAGAACAGAAAGAAUGUAACAAAGCCUCGAAAUGUUUUAGAGAGGGAGAAGAGAGAGGAAGGCUUGGCUUCAGCAAUGAGUUCUGAGAAUAAAGGAUUUGCCCUCCUCCAAAAGAUGGGUUAUAAACCUGGCAUGGCUAUAGGCAAAAAAGGAGAAGGUCGGGUGGAACCUAUACCAGUGAUAGUGAAAACAAAUCGAAGUGGGUUAGGACAGGAAGCUCACCAGAAACGUAAACAAGAAAUGCAAGCUAUGAUGCGCAUUUCAAUGGCAGCCAAACGCAGAAAAAUGGAAGAGCAGCACAAAGGGGAUUUCGUGGAAAGGAAAAGUAAACAGUUUUCAGAGAAAUUAGCUGAGCGUGACCUCUACAAAAGUCAGAAGGUCUGUGAACAGCUUGAUUCACAGAAGGGUAUUGAGGAACCUGGGGAGUUAUUCUUCUGGCCAGAGGCGUGUCUCCCAGGCUCUGACAGGGUUACUCAGGAGGAUGACACCUGUGAGGAUAAGGCAGGUGACCAGGACACUGGCUACAGACUGACUGCAUUUGACCCAUUUGAGAUAAGUGAGGAGGAGACAGACCAAGAGCUUGAUCACAUGCCACCUCCAGAUCUCAAAGACUUAACAACUCAGGAUAAACUGGAAAUUCUCACACUUUACCUCAGGAGGAAACAUCUGUACUGUGUGUGGUGUGCCACCACCUUUGACGAUAAAGCAGAUCUGGAAGAGAAUUGUCCAGGGAGUACCUCAGAAGCUCACUCUUGAUAAUUCAUUAGCAUCUGUUCUGGGUGCUGGUUCAGAAGACAAAUGUCCAACAAGUACCUGAGAAGCUCACUGCAGCACUGGUGAUUCAUUCACCUGAAUACUGGGCUCUGGUUCAGAAGAGUAACUGAAAUGCUCAUGUUUGAUGUCUCUAUCCACCUGUGUUCUCCAUUCUGGUUUCUAAGACGGGUGUUCAGGGAGUACCUGAGAAGCUCAAGCUUGAUGUCUCGUCCACCUGUAUUCUGAGUUGUGGUUCAGAAGACAACUGUCCAGAGAGCACCUGGGAAGCUAACAAUUGAUAUUUCAGCCAACUCCGUUCUGGAUUCUGCUGCAGAAGAGAAUAGGCCUAUCUGAGAAGCUCGUGUUGGAUGUUUCAUCCACCAUUGUUCUGGAUUCUCGUUUAGAAGAUGGUUAUCAAGGGAGUGCCUGAGAAACCAACCCAACAUACAGUGUAAUGUACCCAUAGUUAUUUCAAAGGGUCGUCGAUUGCCUAUAUAAGCAAUGGUUUAUGCUUGGACUAUGCAUGGAUUAAUGGGGAAAUGUUAGAAUAAUGCUCUGGCCAUAUUUGGACCUCUGAUCAUGGUUUUCAAGGUUGCAAGCCAAAGUUUGUGCCUUCACUUUCAGAGAAGAAGAGUGAAAGGGACAUGUACACAUUUUAAAAUUUGUUUUUGUGUCACCAAAAAUAUUCUUGUUCCGACUGUUCAGUCAACUGGAAUGUUUCACGGCUGUUAUGUACCUUUAUGGCAUUUUAAAGUUUAAUAUAUUUA